UAAUAUUCACCCCGGAAGAGCACGAAAGAGUUGAUUUCUGUCCUCGGUUGAGGUGAAUCUAUCAGAUAAUCAAAAUAAUGUCUGCUAAUAGGAGGAUAACGCUCAUAUUCGGAGGCUUCAUUGCAGCAGUUGCUGUGGCUUUUUAUCCUAUAUUUGUCCAUCCUCUCACUCACACUGAAGACUACAAGCAGAUCCAGAAGGUAAAUCGAGCCGAAAUCAAUCAAGCAGAUGUGCAGCCUGUUGGUGUGAAGAUCUGGUCUGAUCCCUUCAAGCCAAAAUGAGUCCAGUGUGCGGAUGAAAAUUGAGUGAAUGAACACAAGGACUGAUGUGUCACGCACUGAGGAUUGAGUAUGUGAGACAGACACAUUAACUCUUUGCUACCAUGCAUCAAAUGAGACUUUUAGGAUGUAUGAAUCUUAUGUGUUUGUAUAUUUUGUGUGGGAAUAUGAUUGAAACUAGAAAGAACGAAUACCUAAAAAUAGUUCAAAUAAAAUAAAAAUGGAAACUUUGUUGCUUUUGUUCGUCAGCACUUCAAAAUGUUAUGUCAUGUUAUCACUUUGAAUAGUUGUGUUAAUUUAUGCUGGUGUAUUAAUGGAGUAACAUAUUCAGCUGUUUGUAUUCUGAAUAAAAAUAGACAUCUUGAACUGUUUUACAAAUAUAUGACCACUAGAUGGCGGUCACUUCAUUUUGUACAUUACUAGAUCCUGUGGGAAGAAGUCGGACCUUCAGUUAUUCAUUCACGAAUACAACAGCAGGAUCUUAACUUUGCAUAGUUCAUCAUGCUUUAUAUUUAUAAUCAAAUUGCUUACAAAUGUGACCCUGGACCA